CAGGUCACACAAUGUGAAGCUUAAAGGGUUUGGGGGACAAUUGGCCCAACCCCAAUUCUUUACCCUCCACUUAACUAGACACAAGGGUAUUGCGAUAACUAGCUAGUAACCUUUGCUAUGUGUGGAAGUCAUUUAAAGUUGUGAAUCAAUCGUUAAAGUUGUUAAAAUUUCUCCCGUUAUUGCAUUAGUUCCCUUCUGUCUACUUUAAACAUGUGUAAGUUUUAAAACUGUUUCAUCAUUUAAAGAUAGAUUUAAGUUAAGAUUUUGCCGAUUUAGGAGCAUUUUACAUUUAAAAAAAUUACUUAGGUUCGCUAGGAAGGAUCUCUACAUCAGGGCCUUCCUGAUAGGUCUACUGCUUUAAGAUGGCGGCUGUUUACAAACGCAUGUAGUCCUUAAAACAUGUUGGCAAUGCAGCAGUGUCUGUCAUUUGCAUCUAGUUCUAUAAUAUGAUAUCUACCGUGUCAUGUGGGCGUAGUUUGUCGGCUAUGGCUGCAGUCAGGUAUUAUUGGAGCCAUCUAGCAUCGCGGUUGCAACGGCGUUUUCCCCACUCCUGCUCUGCUCUCGUCCCCAUCCAACCAUGGGUCCCAGACCUCAAGUGGGGACUGAAUCUUCCCCCGAUUUCGACAAUGACAAUAAGAAAGAAGGUAUGUUAGCAUCCUACUCCACCGUGGACCUGGUGAAGGACGACCCGAUCGAGGACGACCCGUGGGACCUCCCAGAGCUUAAGGACGUGGGUGUCAAGUGGUCAGAUCUGGACACUAAAGGGAAGAUAAUACGAGUGGUGACCGCCAUCAUCAAGUUGGCGUUACUGCUCGGUCUUCUUUACUUAUUCAUCUGCUCCCUGGAUGUUCUCAGCUCGGCUUUCCAGCUAGUCGGAGGCAAAGCCGCUGGAGAUAUCUUCAAGGAGAACGUGAUCCUGUCCAACCCGGUGGCCGGCCUGGUGAUCGGCGUGCUGGUGACGGUGUUGGUGCAAAGCUCCAGCACGUCGUCGUCCAUCGUGGUCAGCAUGGUAUCUUCUGGAUUACUGGAGGUCAAGUCCGCCGUGCCCAUCAUAAUGGGUGCCAACAUUGGAACUUCGGUCACCAACACCAUCGUGGCCAUGAUGCAGGCAGGCAACCGAAACGAGUUUCGCAGGGCCUUCGCCGGCGCCACCGUGCACGACUUUUUCAACUGGCUGUCCGUGCUGGUUCUGCUGCCCCUGGAGGUAGCCACGGGGGUCCUGGAAAAGCUCACCCACCUCAUCAUCAAAUCUUUUCACAUCGAGUCGGGAGAGGACGCGCCAGACUUGCUCAAGAUCAUCACCACGCCGCUCACGGACUCCAUUAUUAAGCUGGAUAAAUCCGUCAUUACGGCAAUCGCCACUGGGGAUCCGUCUGCUAGAAACAGGAGUCUGAUCAAAAUCUGGUGCAAGACGGAGACCAACAUUACAUUCUGGAAUAGCACAGUAGAUGUCUGCCCGGCUGGUGUCCUAUGCUGGGAGGAAGGGAACGAAACGAUGGCCAUGUUGAACAAGACCUGGACAGAGAACAUAGAGAAAUGCUCGCAUAUUUUUGUCGACGCCAACCUGCCCGACCUGGCGGUGGGCCUGAUUCUUCUGGGUAUGUCGCUCUUGGUCCUGUGCACGUGCCUUAUCCUCAUUGUCAAGCUGCUCAACUCCAUGCUCAAGGGCCAGGUGGCGCUAGUCAUCAAGAAGGUGCUCAACACAGACUUUCCCUUCCCAUUUGGCUGGGUCACCGGGUACAUCGCGAUCAUGGUCGGAGCCGGGAUGACGUUCAUCGUUCAGAGCAGCUCCGUCUUCACUUCCGCCAUAACGCCUCUCGUCGGUAUCGGUGUCAUCAGCCUCGAGCGCGCCUAUCCUUUAACUCUCGGGUCGAAUAUCGGAACGACCACCACGGCCAUUCUCGCUGCUAUGGCGAGCCCAGGGGGAACGUUAGCCAACUCCCUGCAGAUUGCGCUCUGCCAUUUCUUCUUCAACAUCAUGGGCAUCAUGUUGUGGUAUCCAAUCCCGUUCACGCGGUUACCCAUCAGGCUAGCCAGAGGGUUGGGCAACCGCACGGCGCAGUACCGCUGGUUCGCCGGCCUCUAUCUCAUCCUCUGCUUCCUGAUUUUACCCCUCACCAUUUUCGGCCUGUCGCUGGCCGGCUGGCAAGUCCUGGUGGGCAUCGGAGUCCCCGUCCUGGUGCUCAUCAUCUUCGUGGUCUUGGUCAACAUCUUGCAGUCGCACUGCCCUCGCUUCUUGCCCAGCGUACUGCGUACGUGGGAUUUCCUGCCGAGGCCGAUGCGGUCCCUGGAGCCCUGGGACCGGGUUGUGACGUCCUGUCUGGGCUGCUGCAACCGUUACUGCUGCUGUAUCUGCAAUUGCUGCAACUGCUGCCAGAAGGAUGAAACAGAAACUGUGCGCAAGAAGAGCCUGGAGCUCCACGACAACCCGGUUUUGAACAUGGACGACGACCCCAAGGUCAUCCAAGGAACUCAUCUUUAAUAACAUCGCCUGUAAAAUUAUUAAAAUCAUGGACAGUUAUCUUUUAAAAAACUGAUGAUUCCUUUUCCUGGACUACUUACUCCAUGCGGUAAUCUCAGUGAUGGGCUGCUAUAAAUGGUCUUUAACACUGGACUAAGAGAAUAUUUGUCUGUGAAAACUGUAUGUAUGACGAAUUAUUCCAACUCUGUAGCAUUUACUUCUCGGAUAGCCUUGAAUAUUUAAGACAUGAUA